AUACACAGGCCCUGCAUUGUUCUGUGGGAGGUGUAUUCUUUCGGGGUCUUAGACUGAUCUCUUGAUCAGAGUGGGCAGGGCAAUAGUUUUCACUAUCGACUGGCUCUCCACCAUGUUGUUUGCUACGGAUAUAUAAACUUGUGGAUUUCUGCUUGUGUUGUUGGCAGUGCAGGAACAUUCUUGAGUGCUGUUUUUCACCUUCAGCGAAAUUGGUUGGAUAGGGUUUCCAACGCUCUACUACGCAGUAUCCCUGCCAGAAGGUUUCUUGAUCUUGGUUUAUAUUUUGAACUAGCUCACGGCACUUGGAAGCAUGGGUGACAUUCUAGACCGGGGUGUCCAUUACAGGAGUUGUUGAGACAGGGGAAAGUUCAAGAUUGGGCUUGAUGAUUGCCUGUGUUGGGUGCGGACCUCCUGCAGCGUGUAUUGAGUCGUAGUGCAGCAUGUUAGGAGUGACUGAGAAUUACAAGCAUUUUUAGAAACCAUGGAGUGCUGCUUUCCAAGGUCCAAGAAGUCUUUUAAGACACACGGUAUCCCUGAGCCUGCGAGUCAUACCAAACCAUCGACCAUUACCAGAGCCCCGCCCAGCAAUGGAUCUACGACCCAGUCCAACGGAGCCCCACCCUCCCCGUCUAAUAGCCAUACAUCGUCCGGUAGCGGAGGGGACGUAUCCCGGACUGCGGGGCAGAGAACACUUGAGAUAAUCUUGCCAGCCGGUAACUCGGUCACAGCAACAGUUGAUGCAAAAUUACAAAUGAUGGACCUGCUAGUGAUGAUAGCAGCCAAGAACAAGCUGAACCCGACAGGUCAUGUGAUCAUCUCAGCCGCCGCAGACAGAACAGAUAUCUCAUUGUUCAAAGCAAGCCAGCGGAUCGGUGAGCUUGAUACAACCAAACUGCAAAUUGUUCCUAAAUUAAGCAGAGGAGAGAUCAUGUCCAUCCGAACGUCAGAUAAAAUGAAAGCUGCACAAUUUGAGCAAACUGUACGUUUAACAGUGCUUUCUGGGAAGAACCACAAAGCCUUGUUUCGAGUGAAUCCCGAGAAACCUAUCCAAGACUUCUUGCCGCAGGUAUAUGAGGAGAGGGGUAUCGAGGCCCACGAAUGCAGGUUACGGCUCGUCAAAAAUCCGGACGAAGAUAUCGAUUACUCAAAAAGCCUCAAUUACUAUGGUGGGGUCAACGAACUUGUCCUUGUUGAUUUAAGACCGCCGCCCCCACAUGAGCCAGAACCUGUUCCUAUGGAGAAAAAGAAAAAGAGUGUGUUUGGGAGGAAAAGCAAGAAAAAGGGAGAAGGGGAUCCGGUAACUGCAUCACCUAUAAAGGAAGCACCACCUCCAGAACCCACUCAAGCACAGCCACCGGUCAGACAAGCAUCAGCAGACAGUACCGAGAGUGCAGAGAGCAGUACCCUUAAAAAGCGGAGACCUGCACCGAAACCUCCCGGUGUCAAGAAGGAACCCGCACAGGAUGGACACUUACAUGUAGUCAAACCCUCCGUGGAGGGGGUGUCGCGCUCGGCUCACGGUGUGUCCAAAAAGAGGCGAGCGCCUGCACCCCCUCCGGCAGGGGGUCCGCCCUUACCUCCGGUAGCGGAACCGACUCCAGAGGUAACCAUCGAUAAUGGAAGCGAGUCGCCUGCCCUCGCUGAUCAGCAUAGACACAUCUCAUUCGGAGCCGCUGAAGUCAUUGAAUCACCCCAAGACACGCCCACUUCCACACCAACUGCCACGCCCACAGACACGCCCUCAGAUACGCCGUCAUCCACCUUAGAGAGGAAAAAAGAUGGUGGUGAUGCAGCUUCGAGUGAGGAUGUCCAAGUAGAACCUGAUUUUUCAACACUGGAUGAAGUUCUCGACGAAGAUAUCCCACCACCCCCCGCCUAUGCCCCUCCACCACCACCGGUGUUUGACCCCCCUCCGCCCCCCGAAGAGCCCCCCUCUCCCGGGGAACCCAAGGAGGAUGUGGAGAGGUUGAUCCAGGAGGGGCGCUUGACGCUGUCCCCGGGGGUGGGGCUCGAAGGCAAUGAUACGCCCAGUGAGUGUUCCUCAGACCUUGAUCUAGCCAGUAGCCUUGGUGCCUCCGCUACCACUUCCAGCCUCAUAAAAAGCAUGGAGGACGCUUUUGAAGAAGCCCUAGCGAUGGGCCAGGAAUCCUUGGCUAGUGAUGUCACAGCAGAACAAGAGGUCAGCGUGUCGGAGGUCAGUGUGGCCGAGGUCAAUGCACCAGAGGUCGACGUGCCAGAGGUCAACGUAGCAAGUUUUAACCUAUCAAUGCCAGAGGAUCCCGAGUCGGGGGAGAAAGUUCAAAUAGAUUCUACUCUGACCAAUGAGAUUGAGGAUACCACAGAGCCUAGCUCAAACGAUACACCAACCAACCAAUCAGAACAAACGACAGAUGACAACAAAGAAGCCCUCUCACCGCUUCUACUAACCUCUAACAACAAGCUUGAUAGUGGGUGCGGUCUUACUAAACCAUCACCGCAAGAAACGGUACAACUAACCACAGAAUCCAGUAAUGGACCUGUGAAGCCUGUUCCUAAACCUAGAAGUCUUCUGACUCCUCAGUCGUCCAAUGAGAGCCUGUGUGGUACGUCAAGGGAUCGCAGCGUGAGCGAUGUAAACAAAGAUCCAGGUGUCCCUGUACCAAAGCCAAGGAUCACUAGGUUCUCCUCUGAUCCGCAGCUUGGCUCGCCCAGCGAAGAGAACAAUGAUGCUCCUAAAAAGAUCACCAAGCAGAUUUCUGUUGAUCAGAUCAGUGGGCGAUACAAGAAGAGAAAAGCUCCAAGACGUCCACCUCCGUUGACUCUUAGCUUGGACAAUGGAGAUUCUUCAUUGAGUUCUCUUCAGUCGGCUUUCUUGGAAGCAUUUAAGAAGCAGCAUGUCAGCAAGGUUGCAACUGCCCCGGUUCUGAGACACAGACCCAUAAGACCUCCUCCGCUGCCUCCUACGUUCAGGAAAGAUAGAAGUUCAUCCACCACUGAUGUAAAGUCUGUCAAAUCAGUUGAGAUCACUUCCAAUCUGAAGAAACCACCUGCAACCCAGCAAGUAGAGACUAGCAAUAACCCUCAAGAAACGUCCAAACCAGUUGCUCCUGCAAGAAGAAAAAAGAAGAAAUCCUCGGGUUCUAUGAGUGAUCAGGUUUCAUCACCACAGAAGGUGGCAGUAGAAAGUGCACAGAUGUUGCCAACCCCAGCCAUUCGAACAAGAAAGUCUUCAGAGAAGGCUCAGAGUGAGUCAGACAAUAAAAAAGAUGGCAAACCCUCUCUGACGAGUCCAGGCUCUCAUCAAAAUCCAAACAUCUUUGAAGUUGAAGUGGAGAUUGUGGCUCCCCCUCGGCAAGCGAAGGAAGAUGAACUCUCUCCCGUAGCCCAGGGAUCGACUGGAAAAACAGCUGGUGAAGAAUCAACUCUCGAUCUUAAUACCAGUACAAAGGACAGAGGUGCAACAUCCAGAUCAACAGAAGAAAAGCCUGUAGAAGUCAAAUCUCCUGUUGAUCAAACCGUGCCCGACUCAGAACCUGAUCAACCAAACUCUCUCAGUGGUGAAUUGGAAGGCACACUCAAGAACCGCCUGAUGCUCCUUCACCAGUCAAUGAAGUUUGAUGAUAGCUUUGACACCAUCGAUAUCAACGAUGAUGUCUUCCUCAAUGACACUUUCACCGACCCUCCGUCCGAACCAGAUGCCCACAGUUCAGAGCAAUCGACCACUUACCCGGAGUCUGCAGAUGCACAAGACAAGAAAAAAAUGAUAUCCUUAUGGCCAGAGGAUGUGAAAGAGAAAGGGAUGGAGGACGAGAUAUCUUCAGGUUUCAGGAGCGAACUCAUCUCGUCAGAGGCAGUGGUUGUGGAGAAUAUCCCCAAUCUUUCUUCAUCUCCUGUCAUUCCUAAAACCAAAGAUGCUUCUACUACUGACAUAACAGAGAAAAGGGCGGCCAUGACUAAAAUGAUGAAACUAAGUUUGGACGAGGAUAGUAAAGAGACUACUAGUUACUCCCCAACCCAAGGGGAGGAGUCUGAGAGUAUGUUGGAAGAGAAAUCUUUGGUUGCCUUGUCAGGGUCGGUCACGAGAGAAGUACUUAAUGAUCAAACGUUGCAGGACAAUGAUGAUAAGGCCGAAGAUGCUGUUGAAGAAUCUCUUAGUUCGGAUAAAGAGAAAGAUAAAGAAGAGCCAGGGGAUGUUGAAGAAAAGAAAGUGGAAAGGAAAGAAGAUGAGGAGAAGGUUGUUGGAGAAGAGAAGAAAGAGGAGAAGGAGACGGAAGAGACAAAGAAACAAGGUGAAACGAUAGAGGCAACUGCCAAAGUGGAACAGCCCACCAUGGAACAAUUGACUGAACAAUAUAAACAACUCCAGCAACAGAUGGCUCUGUUGCAGCAACAGUUGGCACUGAAUCCUACCUCAGCAUCUCCUGCUUUGCAGGUGAACCCGUACCAGACGCAGCAAAUGCAACAGAUGCAACAGCAGAUCAUGUUGCAACAGCAGAUGCUGAUGCAGCAACAGGCGAUGGGUGGGUACGUCAUGGUACCCCAGCCCAGCGGGGGCGUGAUGAUGCCUCCGCAGCAGAUGAUGUACACUCCUAUGGGUAUGCAGCCCAUGCCGCUCUAUGGACAGGUCACACCGCCUCAGGUCGCGCCCACUCCUGCCGUUGACCAACACGAUUCCCCAGCUAUAGGCUCCUCGCCUAAGACAGUUGGAGAUGAAACCGAUUCUGGCACGAAAGAGGAAACUAAAGAAGGUGAUAAAUCCACUGAGGUUUCCCCACAAGAAACUCCAUUAAAACCUCAGUCUGAUACACAGGCUGCUCCUAGUGGCAGACGGAAUGUCUUUGCCGAUAUCCUCAAGAAGAAAAGCGCUCCUAAAUCCACCUAUGUCCUGUCCGCUCAACGAGAGGCUCAAAGACAACGUAGUGACUCCAACUCAUCCCUUACCUCGACAUCGUCCAAAGAAGGCACGGCUUCGGCAUCUCUCUCCGCCGACACCACUAAGCUUGAACUUAGAACUGAAUCCAUUCCUCCUAUCAACGAUUCCCCCGUCACCAAUGGUCUUUCACCCACCUCAUCCGAGCCUUCCUCUUUAGAGGAUACCCCAACCUCCCCAUCCAUAGCAUCACCCUUGUCUAACAACACUUCCCCUAAUGAAAGCAAUAACAAUACCAAGACAAUGACGUUAAAUACCGAGAUGUCGCCGUCCGUUUCUACGAAGGAAGCGACUUCACCACCGGUCGGUAGCCAAGGAAGCAAGAAACUGCCUCCGAGUGUCAUGCCCAAACCUCAGAAAGGACCGCGUCCGUUCAGACCAGCUUCCAUGUAUGCAAAGGUGCCGGCACCAGAGACUCAGGAGGGAUACUCUUCGUCGCAUGUGAGGAAAGUCACAGAUCUCAGAAGUAUGUUCAUGCUUGGGAAGUGAAGAUGCUGCCUCUCAUAAGAUGUGAGCAAACGGAAACCACAAAAUUCUAGCACCACAUUUCCUUUGGAACUUGCCUUAGAAAACGGUUCAUUGACACUCGUAGGAGAUACAUUGCUAUUGAAGAAGAAGACACUAUUGACCUUAUGGAUGUCAUCAGCAGCUUAACAACCGGUCAGGACACCAUGUUAGAGGAAAAACUAUGGUCGUGCCAAAGCACCUUUUACCUGUAACGCCAUCGCCGGGCAGGCCACACGGCCGUAGCAUCCCAGUAUUUGCUGCAAUUUUUUCAAAGGCAUGCAUACAUUUAUCAUAUGUAUACAUUCAUUAAUUUUUGUGAGAUUAUGUGAGUUCAUCCACCACGAUUCUGCAAAACUGUCUAUACGCAUUAGAAGAACAAGUCUUUGUCUCUAUUAAAUCUCACAAUGCAGCAAAAAUGCAUUAUUUUAGAAAGAUUUUGAGAAGUAUAUAGUCUGAACUUGAUAAGAAUUACACAUGUAGCAUGUGAAUGAAUAUCCUCUAGCAACUACUUUUGUCCUCUAAGUGAGGGCGCACUUCGGUCUCUUAGGCUGUGUGAUAUCAUGUGCAUAAGCUGUUUUCAGAGAAUGAUUCCCUUGUGUGCAUAGAGAUUUCUGAUGAGGUUCCACUGUAGCAUAACCUUCUAGCAACGGAGGUUUCCCUGCAAAAGCUGGGUCCCGGCAAAAAGCUGAGAAAACAUUGCUCAUAUUGAUGUUAUACAGACGUUUCAAUUAAUAUAAAGUUGGUAAAAUGUAAAUGUUGGUGUCAAUGUUAUAUUUUGAAGUCUAUGGCAUAUUUUUUCUCCCAUUUCUUAAAAAAAAAUCUGAUUAGAUUAUAAAGUAAUCUAAAGUUGGCAGAAUUCUGAAAUAUCUAUCAUUUGGAAUCUAGCUGAGGUAACAUACAUGUAACAUAUGUCAAAAUUUACUGAAUCUUUAAAUGUAAGUACAGACUGUGUAUUGUCUGACAAUCUAGGCUUUAAUUAAAGCCAGUUUGGCCUUUUUACAAUGCAACAAUUCGUUUUCAAAAGGAUUUCUUGUAAAGAAAUGUUUACAUCGGAUGUAAUUGGCAUUUUUUUCACUGAUUUUUUUAUCAAAGUGGCAAAACAUGUCACCUCCGUCAUUCCUUGUUUCGUCCAUGUUUUCAUGCUGGUGCAGGGAUGCCAAUUGUUCCUUUCUUUGCGUAUUUUUUGUUGUUGCUAUGAAUAUGACAUUCCUUUUUGGGGGGAUUUUCUAUCUGUGUUCCUUAUUUCGGCUAUUUAUCCAAGGCAAUACUUUUUAAACAAUUAUUAUGAAGUAUGUGCCGUAUUUAUAUAUUAUUCACGACCUGCUUUUCAUAGCAUCAGAAAUUUGUUCGGUUUUGGGACCUGCACAGUCCUUGAGAGUGACCAGGCACAUGGAUCGAUCUUGCCCCAUACCUCUUCUGUUGCUAGCUUUGCGGCUUGCAAUUUUGACAGAGAAUUUAAAAAAAAAAAAAUCUGUCAGUUUCUGUCAGAAUUUUUUUUUUUCCUCCUAUGAAACCUUUUUUUUAUUUUUUAAGAAGGUCGGCAUCUCUGCUGAUGUCUUAUUCCCCUCUGUGCCGUGCAUAAUCUAUGAAGUCGGAUGAUGGACUCCCAGAGACCUUUUACACUAAGAAAUGGGUUUGAUCUUAACUAAAAAGAAAUAAUUUGCAAGUCCCUAAUAUACACUUAUCAUUUGUUGUAAAUCGAGUUGCGAUUGAUUUUUUUAGUUGCGUUUGAUAGCAACUCUUUAUGCAAUGGACCAAUCAACUUUACAAUCUUCAGGGCUCCAUAACACAAAGCAAAGUAAUCAAUUGUAAAGCAUAUAUCUACGAUCGAUUCCAUUGACUUUAGUGUACAAUCGAUUGUAAAAAUUAAUCGUGGAAUAAGUCACGUAGCUUUAUGUUACAGCGCACUAGUAAUUUAUGAAUUCGUGUGCAAGUACUUGGACCCAGAUGAAAAUGUUCUGAUGCUAACAAGUGAGAAAAACACAAAACAAAUUUGUGCAGAUAUUUCUUUUUUGUUAUUAAGCGAGAUCUUGAACAUUGUAAUCAUGUCUGUGGAAAAUACAGUACAAAAAUAGAUGUGAAGAAUUUAUAUUUCUUUAUUCAGACGAGAUGUAUUCAUUCUAUCUGUAUAAUUUAUCAUGAAUGGUGUUUUUAACUGAGUAUUCCAACUAUAAAAUAUAGUUAAGACUUUUGUCUUAAAGUGAUUCAUUGAUGAAGAUUGUUGUCAGAAGGCUGCCUUGCAUUUAUGAGAGUAGAUUGAAAUCAAGCAUAAAUCAUUGUUUUUUUAUAGAGCAUUGAGUUAAAUAUGAAUGUUUUAAGCACCUUGAUUUGAGAGAGACCAAAUUGAGUUUGAUAAUGUGGCCUUUUUUGUAUUCAUCCUAGAGUAAUAUAAAAUACAAUUGAAAAGCCAGCCCCC